AAGUUUCAAUAAUUCUCAUAAAUUAGAAAGAGAAAUAUUUUCUAAAUUAGUAAUGAGAAAUUUUCAAAUUUGCUGAAGAAGGAGAGAUUGAAAGUCUUUAACAAAACUAAAUUUAAAUAAACGAAUAACAAUAGAGAAAUACUUAAAUAAUCAAAAUUGUUAACCAAGAAUUUUGAUAUCCGCAUUCUCCUAUUGCUACGACGUUAGCAGCCCGCAAAAUGGCUAAACCUCCAGCAGAUCCGAGCGGAUUGGGUUAUGCGUAUCAUUUACCAUCCGGUGGUUUAUUGCUAAGACUGAAGAGCUCCCUAUCUCAGUUCAGUGACUUGUUUAGUGAAUUCAAUAAAUAUAUAGCGCCAGCCUAUCAUCAUGAUCGCAUUGAACGUUCUGUUCAUAUGCGCUUAUACUCGAUGCAUAAACGCGAAUUUGUUAGUGUGUUUUUGGGCUUCCUUACUUGUUUCGGUUUAGGCAUUAUUAUUGGUCUUACCGGCCCAAAGAUUACACAUACGACCGAGAUAACUGAUAAAAGUAUUUUAGCAAAUACUACAUUGGCGAAUAGUAAAACAGUUUUAGCCACUGGACCUUUUGCGAUGAAAUCACCACUGAUGACUACAUACUCUCAACAGUUGUGGCUAAUAGCCAAAUUAGUUACAAAUAAUAAUGAUGAUGAAAAAUAUGAUAAAAGUUUCCAUGUAAGUGUGGCUAUUGAUGCGAUAACUGAACAACAUAAACCGUUAAAUCUUUUGCCAGCGAAUGGCCCACACAAUCGUACUCGCCAUUUGUCCUGUGUACGCAACGAUUGUCAAGAGUUUACCGUAAUGCAUUUGGGCUUUCUUGAAUAUGCGCAUUAUAUAAUAACGGUACGCUUUUAUGGCCUCAAAUCGUUUCAUCACAAAUACAAUAUUACUGGAAUCACAUUUUAUUUCAAAUCCUACAGCCCGGAUUUCUCGCAAAUCGAGAUAUGGUUUCGCUUCAUUUUCCUAUUGUUCACAUUUAUUUGUUGGUUUGCUCAUUCAUUGCGCAAAUAUCCCAUUUAUGAUUGGUCCAUUGAACAGAAAUGGUUAUCUGUUUUGCUGCCCUUACUACUUCUAUACAAUAAUCCAUUCUUUCCAUUGGUUUUCUUGGUUAAUUCAUGGUUACCCGGUAUGAUCGAUGCAUGUCUGCAGGCGACCUUCUUAUGUGCAUUGUUAAUGUUUUGGCUAUGCAUCUAUCAUGGAUUAAGACAAAAUGAACGACGCUUUGUUGGCUUUUAUUUGCCAAAGAUUAUUGUGGUAUUGCCUCUAUGGUUAUGUGCUAUUGUCUUGGCCACUUGGGAAAAAUGCAAUGAAUUAAAGGAUCCUUCCUACAGUCACUUUGUCGAUACGAAAAAUUAUAACGGUUUAAAAUUAUUUUUCUAUUUAGCGGGAUCUAUGUACGUUUUGUAUCUUACUUUACUAAUAUUAAGAGCUUACACCGAAUUAAGAUCAAUGCCCUUUUUUGAUAUGCGUUUAAAAUUUCUUACUCUUCUAAUGGUCUUUGUCUUGUCCAUAUCCGUCAUUGUAACGACUGUUUGUCGUUUUGGGUUCGGCAUUUUAGAGGAUAAUUUUGUAGCUUCUUUAGAUACUACCUAUCAAAGUUCAGCACAAUUUAUGUGUUUCUAUGGAUUAUUAAAUUUUUAUUUAUAUGCUAUGGCUUACGUUUACUCACCAGGCGAUCGUUUCGCUCAAGCUGAAAUUUCCGUAACUAAAGAUAAUCCCGCGUUUUCCAUGAUUAACGAUUCUGAUGAAGAAGUUGUCUAUGGUUCUGAUGAAGAAUCCAGGCGCCCCUUAACAGUCGGUAGCGGUAAGAAUGAUUACGACAGCGAUUAGAUUUA